GCGAGCAGCCAGCCGCUGCGUGUUAACCUUGCCCCGAGCGGCGAUGACGGCUCCGGCCUCCAAGGCGAUGGUGGCGAUGACGGGCGGCUGGUGGUCAAUUGGGUUAAUCCAGGCGAGUGGGAUCUUGGCACCCCAAGUGAUGACGAUGAUGGUCAAGGUGCGGCCGAGAGCGGCGGCAUGCUGACGCCGUUCCAGUUGGCGUCGGGUGCGGGCGUGUCGCUGAACAAGUCCUGGGCCGAGAAGUUGGUCCUGGCGUCGACCGACGUCGAAAAGGUGCUAGAGGUCUACACUGAGCAUUGCAGAGCAAACAACGUGGUGCCGGCAUCGUCAUUUGCGGCCAAUCCCGCGGUGGCCCACCUCGACAUGCGGCAUCUGGGCAUCGGGCCUCGUGGCCUGCAAGCGCUGGCUGAGGCCAUCAAAGUUGAUCCUGUUGUGACAAAGCUCAAUCUCGACGACAACUGGCUGGGAAGCGACGGAGUGCCGGCGCUCAUUGACCUGCUCACCGGCGCGCCGCAUGUGCGGAGCCUCAGCGUUAGCGACAACAGCCUGGCGUCCGGAGCCGCGGCUCUUUUCGCCUCGAUGGCCUCGAACGAGACCCUCACCUGCCUCGACGUGAGCGGCAACCAGAUCGGCGACGACGAGACGCUUGCACUCGCUGAUCUGCUUGACGACAAUCAUACGGUGGUGACGAUCAAGGCUGCGCGCAACUCGAUAGGGCAGAUUGGGGCGAGGGCGAUUGCGCACGCGCUCGAGAACAACAUCAUGGUCGAACACCUGGACCUGUCGUGGAAUGCGAUCCGACUGUCGGGCGCGUCUGCGCUUGUUCGCGCCGCUGCCAUGCAUCCUACUCUUUUGUACUUGGACCUGGCGUGGAACGGCCUCGACGACGCUGCCCUUGUCUCGCUAGGCCGCGGCAUUCGCGCCUCGCCUUCGCUAACCUUUCUCUCCAUUGCGCACAACCGGUUCGGAUUCAAGGGCGCAUCGGCACUCGCCGAUGGCAUCAGAGUCAAUGUCACGCUCGAUGAGCUCAUUCUCGACGGCAAUGUGUUGGCAACUACCAAGGGCUCGGCUGAGCGGGCGCUAGUGAGUGCGCUGGAGGAGAACAUGACGCUUGCGCGUCUUUCGCUGAAUGGCGUCCGGCUCACGACCGAGACUGCCACUGCGCUGGCCGAGAUGCUGCGUGCUAAGGAGGCGACCGGCCACGUGCUGAGCAUCGAGCCGGUGUCGCUUCUCCCGCAGCUUGGCGAGUGAGCAGCAGCGCGUGCUCAAAAGUCGUCCCAGUCGGGCCCCGAGUCGUCGUCCGAGCUUGAGCUGCCGUCGUUGAGGCACCCGAGGUGGUGCUCGUCGGCGAGGCGGCGGAUGUAUUUGGCGGUCUCGGUCUUGAGGUAGGUGUACACCGGUGUCGUCCAUCCAGGACCGUAGAGGAACUCGAGAAAGGCAAUGGGCUGCGCCGGGACACUUGCCUGCAUCGACGCCACGUUUGCGUUGGCGACCGGGAGGAUGAGGUCGACUGGAAAGCCCGGCGAGAGCGAGAGGUCGCCGACAACGCCCUUUGCGCCCUUGCGGCGGAGGAAGACCCGGCCGUCGACAGACUCGUGCCGCGAGUAGGGAACCAGAUCGAUGCGAGGUGCAUUCCACAGCCCGUGCCGCAGCAUCUCGUGCUCAGUAGAGAGCGGGUGGCCGUGACUGAGG